AUGACGAUGACGGGGAGGCGGGAAUUCGGCCAUCGGUGUCCUCUGAACACAUCAUCCCUUUUUUUCUUUUUUUUUCUUUUUUUUUUUGCCCUGUCGUGCAUGCCACACGAUUGCUUCUACGUGUCCCUGCAGGUGCAUUCAGCAGUUUGUGUGUUUGUGUGUGUGCUGCUUGGACGCAUGUCGAGGAGUAAAACAAGAAAAACGCCACGUGGGCUGCCUGAAGUCCACCACGAGACCAUCGCGGCUCUCAACGAAAUGGAGGAAAAUCUCCGUCGCCUCGGGCUUCGCAAUGAGAAGAACUCCGCGACAGACGGCCCCUUCCACGAAGGCGGGGUGCAGGAUUAUGUGGCACCCAUUUGGAAGGCCAGGGAAGAGGCAGCGAAACUGCGCCACGAGAAGGAGUACAGGCAGUUUGCAGCGGAGGAGCAGAAGCGUGAGAAUGAGAAGAUGCUCUUGUAUGCCAAAAGGGAGGAGGCUCUGCAGGACGUCAUCAAAAAAGCGAAGGAGCUUCUCGAGAAGGAGACGAACGCCGCCCAUGACGCCGUCUCACGUCGGGCUCAAAAAAUGACGGAUCGCUCCAUACGAGCCGAGGAGCUUCAGCGGCAGAAGGUCUUGCGUGACCGUGUGCAUCGGGCCAUGAGAGGGUCGGAGGCAGAACAAUCUUUCCACCAGCAAACGCUGCCAGUCGUUGAUGAGGAAAUGCGAAUAAUGAAAAAACAAGCAAAAGCCACCGCCGUUUGUGAAUAUUGUCAUGUCAUCGCAUCAGGACUCGUGGAACUCGCCAUGAGGGUGGCGGAGAAUGUGUACACAAUCGGCGCAGUGGAUGACGCCCCCGUACUUCGCUUUCCCCGAGAUCUUCCCGCGUUGCAGUGGCGCGCGUGGGUGGAGGAGUUGAUAUUUUCGAAAGCGGUAUCAAGACCGAUGAGUGAAUUGCUCGCCACAACACCGUUGCGUGAGCUGUGCGACCCGAACUACAAGAAUUUAUCCACCCAAAAGGAAGAGGGUGUGAGUUCCUCCCAAGGAGGAAGUGAGAAUAAUGGACGCGAAGCUUUUGAAUCUGCACGAGAUGCCACCGCUUAUGGUGACGGAAAUGCCGUUGCCACAAGUGCAGCGGCAGAGCACAUACUUAAGCUUCUUGUGGAGAUGCAACACAAUUACGAAACCAAUCUGGUCAAUCACAGUGUGCAUGAUGCCAUCCGAUUGAUCAAAAAACACGAGAAGAAGAGGUUACGCAUGGAGUUGGAUGAGAUACGACGACAAAAUGAAGCCCAGUGCCCCGAGGAGGUUGUGCCUGGAUGGACCCAUCGGAUGCCACCUGCCGGGUGUUUUGUACACGGCGAUGAAUUGAGUGGGCUAAAGAAGUUUGCAGAAGUGGCAUGUGCCGAGGUGUUGCAGGAGGUGGUUCAGGUAGUCCCGCCACACAAAAGGCGAAUAAGCCUCGCGGCGAUGCCAGAUACGGCGAAGGCGAUGGCGGAGGCUGAAAGCGCUAAGAGUGAAGCUGAGCCAUACCGUCUUCUCACCCCCACCAUGCUUUUUCGAACACAACAGUCCUUCCCAGGUCAGGGAGGUGGGGGAGGCGGGGUGUUUGGUGGUGGUGGUGGCAGCAACUUUUUGACGAGCAGUCCAAGGACACUCAGGGGGCUCGCCACAAGCGUCUCCAGUGCUGCACGCACAAAGGAAGGUCGACAAACGGAGGAAGUGACGGAGUCCAGCCAAUACAUUGAUGCCCUCUCUGAUCUCCUUGCGAGAGAGCUUGCCGCGGUGCAUCAACACAACCUUCAGCUUGUGAUGCGGAGCGGUGCAACGACAACCGAGCCCAAGGUUGGGUCAAGAGGCACACCGUGUACUCUUUUUCUUGUGGGAUUUCCCGAAACGGAGGCGUUUUUGCGUACAUUGAACCAAAAGCUUCAUAACGCUCUGGAAUUUGUGGAACACGAGAUCAUUAGGGCGCUCAGGGCAGAGGAGGCGUCGGAGGGGUCCCCUCCCGCGCCGUUGCCUUCAAGGGGGAAGAACCUCCAGAAGGGGCCGACGGCGUCGCACGACGAUGCCGCAGGGUCGCGUAAGAAGGGCGGCAAGCAAAUGCCGUCCACUGCAGGUAAGAGAGGUGCCGGUCGAGCACCCAUCCCAUGGAGUGAGGAGAAUGUUCCUGCACAUCCCCGCGUGUUUCCACCACUCUGUAUUCUUGGCAUCUUUCUGCAGUACGACGUUCCCUCACGCCGCAGACGUAUGCAACAGCUGAGCCUAAACCCGACCCCGCCUUCAGCAGAGCCAAAGGGUCAGAAGACGACCGCUAACGAAGAGGAGGACGGCGAGUCAUAUGCCGACUGGACCAUAGAGAAGCUGCACCAUGAGCUCAUUCAGCAGGACAAAAAAAUGCGGAAUGUCUGUAAAACGUGGUGCACCAACGUGUCCAAAGCCUCCGUGGCAGUUGAGUCAAUGAUGACGAGGGUGCCAUCUGCCGAAAAACAGAAAAAACGUUCACGCUCGUCGGUAACAACUAAACCAGUUGAGGCCCUCACCGUCAAUACGACGACAACGCCAAACACCCCGUCGGUUACGGUGCCAAAAGUUCUUUUCUUUUGGCGUAAAGAAGACAUCACGAGCUUGCCGGAUUCAUUUACCUCUACGGAGAGCAUCACCGCCACUGUUAGUAUUCUUCUGAACUCCGUCCUUCAAUUCAUUACGACAAGUGGCCGUCUCGUGCGGGGACAGUUGGUACCUCCAUUGAGGUUGAGUGACUACCGUUUCCUCCCCGCCGCAAUUACACAGUUGGUAGAACUUCAUCAGCGCUUUCAUUGUCGUUGGAAGGAGACCAUUCACCAGUACCUAUCGAGUCCGAUGUCGAUCUCGGCCCUCCACUCACCAAAACUAAAAGCGACGCUUUCAACACGGACAGAUUCCUUAACAACGACGCCGUUUCUUCAUCCCUCACCAUUAGCAUCAGCGGAAAUGGGCCCUUUUUUUUUGGCGUGUCCCAUCUGUAUUAAAGAAAAGAAUGUGGCGGUGAAAAACGUGGUGCUGCUUGAGACAGAGAUGCACCGCGUUUUUUGCACCUUCUUCUCGGAUUUGUUACAAUUCAUCACUCAAAAUGCUUUUCCUUCGUCAUUAUGGGUUUUUUCGCGCGACCCGAGCAAUAUUAUUGACCCAAAUAACAGCAGUGGAGUCGAGACAUUAAGUCGCACUUUACACUUUCUUUCCAUCGACAAAAACUACGACACUUCGCGUGAGGCACUUUACACACUGCUGGUGAGUGGCAUGGACCAAUUGAGCGCAAUAUGUGCGUUGUUGCUUCACUGCGUGAUGGAUUUGGCAUUAACAUCCAUGGGAGAGGCUUUGGCACGUCUGUGUUUCUGGGCACGUCGUCAUGUAUCCGUCACAGCCACGCUGUGCCCAGAAACAGAGAAGCCUCCCGUGCUGCCUUCCGCCACGACCACCCCCAAUAACGCUAAUAGUCACGUCACCGCAAAGGAGGAGGUGGAAGGGGCAAUGAUGAAGGAAGAUGGAGAAAACGGGGAGGAUGGGAAAUCCACCGCGACGAAAUGUGGCAUGCCCUACGAUGCCGUAAAGGACUCUUUUCUUGCCUCUGUACCUCGCCUUGGAUUUGAUAAGGUCCACUCGAUGGUGGAGCUUCUGGAUGGUCGAGCGACAUCCUUUGCUGAAUUUCAACAAGAGCUGUGGUCAUAUGCGUCGUGCCUGCACCAAAAAAUGUUGGAGUGCUUUUGGUCCUUUAUAAACAAUGCCAGCGCGGAGUUCAAUGAUGAGAAUACGGAGAGCCUGACGGCAAUGGCUUCUCAGGUAACCGAAGUGCUGGUGGCGUCCCUCUUUGCCUUUUCACCACUUGAAAAGGGCCCUUUGAAUUUCCCCGACACAUUAGCACAUUCGACAUCCACAUCGGAAUUAUGCUCGUCAACCAUCACCGUUUCUAUCGGACGUGCGAUGGCCUCUGUUCGUGCGCUUCGGCGGUGUUGUGCGGUCGCCAGUCUCUGUGCAGCGCGUUGGAUUGACGCCAUGUACGCCACCGCACUGAAGAUUCCCCCGCAUGGUUGUUUCCCAGCGGAGUGUCGUCCAACGGACAUUGCGUCCAUCUUUUGUUCGCCCACCAUUGUCACCGAUGAGGGUUGUGCGCCCCCACCGUCGUUGGCGUUUCAGUUGCUGGCUAGCCGGACCCCUGCGCUUCAUCUCUCCCCGGAUGAGGAGCGUGAUUGCUGGUGGGAAACGGAAAUGGAGGUUAUUCUGCAGAUAUUUUCCAUUUACCAAAAGCCUACACUCAACGAGGCAGAGUUUACCCACUGUGCGAUGCAGGUGCAAUUCAACACGCUGUGGCGAUUCCUUCCACCGAGGGCAGCUGCCAUUGCGGAGCGACUUGGAAUUUUUCUCCCCCUUACGCCGAGAGUUGCCCAGGAGGAAAAGUGGGGAGAAGAACAGCAGCAGGCCAACAUGGAAUUUGCUCUUUUCCGGUUUGCAAAUCUCCAAUGCUACGGGGAAUUGAAGAAUUCAUUUCUGAGGGAAGAGGACGCGAGUCGCAUUUUUAUUGCCGCUGUGCAGGCUCAACAACAAAACUUUCCAACUUCUCUGAACUCUUUGGAUCCCACUUCUUCCCGGCACGCGUCCGUAUCGAAUGAAGCAGAGAGGAAGCGGUGGAUGAAAAAGCCUCUGUUGCAUGUGCGUGAAUACUUUAUCAGUGUCCUUUUACAGCGGCUCCGCUUGGACGAUGCCUCGGGCGCCAUAACAUGCCAGAGCCCUGUGAGUGGAUUGCAAGAGCCCUCCACUAUGCAGCUGCGACAGAUGAUAAAAUCUCUUCCGCGUGCAGUGCGCGAACAAGGCCCUGAUAGCAUGCCAGUGUCCGGCCCCAUCUCCAUGGAGGAGUGGAAGCGCAUUAGGUGGUGGCCGUUCUAUGAGGAUGCUUCAGUUGCGAAGGCUGAAGCGUUUGUUCAGCGAUACUUACUACGCCUCUUAACGGUAUGUUUUGGAUUUGUGAACGGUGAACUGUGCUCCCGACCUGCACCCUUUCUUCCCGACAUCCUUCACAUUGCGGCGGGUACAAGAGGCUGUCAGGCAACACUGGAGCGAUACUUUCACGCACUUUCCGCCUUGGAUGUCGUACGCAAAAAGAAGUUGCGUCACUCGCAGGAAUCAGGUCUGGCGAGCGGCUCCUCAGAAUUACGAAAAGAUGGAGACGAUGCCGCGGUCUUGGACGGGCCGUUGACGGCGUUUGACUUUGCGUUAAGCGUGGAUGAGGCCAUGUUUUUCUUUCAGCGUGCUGGUGAGACGAGUCUUCGCGGGCCAUGUGCGAGGGGUCUGAGCUACGGAUCUCCAAAGCACCUGUGUGAGCUGCGCGACCUCAUGCAGGUUGGGGAUUGGAGUGACGCUGAGGAGGAGGCGGUGGGCAACUACGAAGACGAAGACGACGACGUAUUGCCGCUCGCGACGGAGCUGACGCUGCUGCUAGAGGAGGAGGGAUGUCCUGCGCUUACACUGACGCUUCUGGGCUCCUCCCACUGGGGAAUUUACAUCACGCCGCGGCUGACGGCAAUUCCCUUCAACGUGGGGAUGUCAACGGUGGAAAAGGGCAACUUGGAUGAAAUGAUGGGGCAGAUGGAUUUCCCCUUGCACUGCAAUCACGGAUCCAGCAAAGAAUCUUUGGUUUCAUUUCUUUAA